GUGUGUGUGUGCGCGCGUGCACUUUAUUAGCAAGCAAGGGAAUUAGAGAAGUCUUGAAAGAAAAGGUUACAUUUGAGUUGGACCUUUAACGGGCAGAAAUUCAGAGAAUUCAACUCUGCAAUUUGAAAGAUAGAAUGUCCAUCAGAGUAGUGACUGUUUGACUGUUUUUGGUAUUUGUGAUCCAGGCAACUAGUGUAUAGUUGGUGAAAUUCCUGGAUAUCCUGAUACUAAUGACUCAUUUAACUUACUGUUCAUUCAAAUUUUCAUAUCUUUUUCAGGGAAUUACAUAUUGCCUAUUCAUAUUUCUUAUCUCUUAGAUUUGUAGCCCUUAAAUAUCACCAAGAACUAUCAUUCAUCUCUUCUUCCUAUGACCUUUACUGGAUGACCUUGCACUUUAUUUUGCCCAACCUGAGUUGUCUAAUUCUAAAGUCAGUUCUUUUUUUCAAGAUUGGAAGAAAUCAAGAUAUAUGAGUUAUUGAAAGAUUGGACAUGGAUUCCAGUUUCCAAGAAAUAACCAAUCAUUUGGUUAAGUGCUUUAAAAAAAAAUACUGAACAAAUAAUAGACACAGAGAGAUCUUGUAUUCACAAUACUUUUUGAUCAGUUUUAUUACUGUUAAAAUGUGGCCUAAAAUUGUAUAUAUUUCUAAAAGUUUACCUAUUCUCUUUCUUAUACCUUCAACAAGCUUUAAUAUAUAAUCUAUGAAUAUAUUUUUGCUGAGACAACUGGAAUUAAGUGACUUGCCCAGAGUCACACAGCUAGAAAGUGUUAAAUGUCUGAGACCAGAUUUGAAUUCAGUUCCUCCUGACUUCAGGGUUGGUGCUCUAUCCACUGUGCCAUCUAGCUGCUCCCAUAGAUUAUUAUUUUAAGAAUUUUUUUAAAAAUGAAAAAUGACUACAAGUCAGUAGUAGUGGCUAUUAUAUUCUCUGUUUCCUUGGAGAAUAAUAAUAAUAAUAAUAAUAAGGAACAAUUGUUUUUGUUUUUACCAAAUUUCAUGACCUUCCCUCUUUCAAAUACUUUGAAAAUCUAUCCCUCAAUGAGCUCAUUAUUGUAUAUCUUCCAACUGGGACUUCUUCUGUGUAUACUUGGUCUGGUUCAGCUGCUUUUCCCAUCUUUGUUUUCUUUCAGGUUUUCUACUUCCUCCUACAGCACAAUGGGAACUGUGAUGAUAGAGUCCAAAUAUUGUACCUCCAAUGUCAUUGAUGGAUAAAAGUUAAUGAUAGAAAUCUUUACAAGGCUUUUUCUUUUUUAAUCUAUUCAUUGUCUUUUCAGUUUUAUCCUUAAAUGCCCUAGGGAUGACUUUUAUCUUGUUGGAUGUCACUCAGCUUCCUAUAAAAUUGUUUUUUCCUCCACUACUUUUCAUUGUUUUAAGAGGCAGUACUGAUCAUAACCUCCCAUCAUCCUCUUCUGGGAGAUUUUACAAAUUAUUUUAUUUUCUAAACUGGGGCUACUCUUAGCUGCUAGAUAUCCCCUACUUCCAAGUAUGUUUUCUAAGGUUUUUUGGUAUCUAAAUUAUGGCAAUUUAUUUAUAUUAGUAUGUGGGAAUUUAUUUAUAUUGAUUUUACUAUAAUUAGGGUUUCAGUCAGUAGUAUUAACUAUAGAGGGUACAGAAUUAUGAAGGGACCCUAAACUAAAGACAAAUGAGAGAUGUGAGAAUGUCUUUGUCUUAGAGGAAUCUGUGAAAUUAUUUCAUAUCUAUAAUAGCCUAUUAUAUAGUAGUACAUUUAAAUAAGGAUUCAAUUUUUCCUAGAUCCUAUUUCAAUAUCCAAUUGUAUCCUAUAAUCUAAAUUUUUCCUUUUUGUCUCCCUUGACCCAACUGAGCCCUAAGAACCAUGCAGUUUUCCAGUUUCAUCAGGACACCAGAUGAGACUUUUGACUAUUUGUUCAAGAUCAUCCUCAUUGGGGACUCAAAUGUGGGAAAGACAUGUGUGGUGCAACACUUUAAAUCUGGACUUUAUACAGACUCACAGCAAAACACAAUUGGUGUGGACUUCACUGUGCGCACUCUUGAGGUGGAUGGGAAAAAAGUGAAGAUGCAGAUAUGGGACACUGCUGGCCAAGAGCGAUUUCGGACAAUUACUCAGAGCUACUAUAGAAGUGCAAAUGCUGCCAUCAUUGCCUAUGACCUGACAAGACGGUCUACAUUUGAAUCUGUUCCUCACUGGAUCCAUGAAAUAGAAAAAUAUGGGGCAGCGAAUUUGGUCAUAAUGCUUAUUGGAAACAAGGCUGACCUGUGGGAUAAGCGUCAUGUUCUUUUUGAAGAUGCUUGCACUCUUGCAGAGAAACAUGGCCUUCUUGCAGUUUUGGAGACUUCUGCUAAAGAGUCCAAGAAUAUCGAUGAAGUGUUCAUGCUAAUGGCGAAGGAAUUAAUUGCCAGGAAUGACCUGAACUUUUAUGGGGAGGGUCCACGGAACAAUCUCCUCUUAGAUUCUAGUCCUAUUCUCAUAGCUUCAAGUCCAAGUUCAAAAAACCAUUGCCAUUGUUAAAAGGGGAUGGAACAAAGGGAGAGGUUGAGUGUGCUGUUGGAGAGGCAAUCUCUGAAACCCAAAUUAGUCAGAAAUCUCGUUAUCCAGUGUAGUAGGCUUUUAGAUAUUGGAGUGGAUAUUCUGUGAUCUCUUUCAAUUGCCCAGGCUUCUUUCCAGUGUGUAUGGCACUACUUUUGUCCUCCUGUAUCAACAAAAAGAAAGAAACUUUUUGAGGUCAUAUCCAGUAACUGAAGGAAAUUCAAUUUAAUACAAGUAUUUAUUACAUAUUUACUAUGCUCCAAGCACAGGGGUAGGGGUUGAGAAUAUGAAGACAAAAAUGAAAUAGGUUCUGCCUUCAAGAUGCCUUACAUUCUAUCAAGAAAGGCUUCUUUUUAAAGGCAGUAUUGAAGAGGAGUUUUGAAGGUAAUUAAGGAUUCUAAGGGCCAAAAGUAAAAAGGCAAGUCACCUCUUUCCAAGAGACAAGUCACCUUUUUUCCUUAGUCUUUCUAUUAAAAUGAGGUUUAGAGUUGGGAAACAAGAAAGAUGGAGAGGGAUUCCAUUUCAUUAGCCUUGGCCAAAUCCUGUAUAUGGCUUUUGGCCACAAUGUUUUCCUUAAGUGUUAAAGAAAAGGAAGGACCUAUAGAUUGGAGGAAAGUAGAACAGAAUAUCAAGAAAAAGGAAGGGAUGGAAAGCAUACUUUAGACUGGUUUGUAUCCACUUGCAAGUUGGGUUUACAAUAGCUGUUUUGUUUGUUUGUUUGUUUUAUUUUAGAGGAGAGUGGGGAGUUUGUGUAUAUGAAAUUAAAAACAUUAAAUAGCACAAACUUGUUUCACAUUUGUUCUCCCCACACCUACCUAACUCAAGAAAUGACAAGAUUAUGAGUACCUGCCUUUGGAAUUAAAAGUCUUCUGAGUAUAUUUUAUUAGUUUCAUUUUAUUGGACAUUUUCCUGUUUAUAUCAAUGUAGUCAUUGUUUCCCUGAUCUCCUUCUUUUUAUAGGUUUUUUCAUAGUCUUCUUAUGGGCCAGUAAUAUUCCACUAUACUGAUAUUGUGAUACAUGACUCGCCAUGCUCCAAUUAAUAUGCAUCUACCAUAUUUCCAGGUUUUUUUGCUCCUAUAAAAAGUGCUACUUUGAAUAUUUUUGUUUCUUUGUGCCUUUGAGCUCUUUGGGGCUGGUAUAUUCCCAGCAAUGGAAUCUUUGGUCCGAGUAUAAACAUUAAAAACAAACAAACAAAACAA